AUGGCUUUGGAUGGCCCUAUAAUUGGGAAUGAUCAGAGAAUAAAUCGAGAGUUAAACAAGAAUGUAUUCAAUACUACACCCAAUCAAAAUCAAGAAUUUGUAUACGAACUCAAAAUUCGUGCACUUCGUUACAUGGACGAUAUAUCAUAUAAUGAACUUCUUGCUCAUCUUUAUUUUGAAGAUGAGACAGACGUUUGUGAUAUUACUUUAUCUUGGUUUGACGGUCAAAUUAUAACAGCGAUAGAUUAUGAAACCAGUAAUAACAUUUAUAUCCUAGAUAUACAAAAGUACAUCUGGGUAACUUCAUUAAAUUCAGCAAAUCCAAGUCAGCCCACAGUAACAAAUUUACAAACAAGUGUAACCGAUCCUGACAAUAAGCCAUCAUUUAAUAAUGUGUUGUUUAUUGGAAUUGGUAUUGGAGUAGGUGGAAUUAUGUUGAUUGGGAUUUUAUCUUUUGUUAGCCUUAUAUUAUAUAAAAAGUGGUACCAAAAGUCGGAAAUUAUUCCAACUCCUGGCAGUAUUUUGCCUUAA